AUGUCUAAAUUAAAUUCAAAGUAUUUAAUUGUUGGAGGUGGAAUAGCUGGAGUAACUUGUGUAGAAACUUUAGCAAUACUACAUCCUGGCGCUACUCUUAUAAUUAUAACUGCAUCUUCUUUAGUCAAAAAUGUUAGCAAUAUUACUUUUUAUGCAAAAACAAUAGUGAAAUUUGAUGUGUCUGAAACUGAAGCAAGCUCGUUGAAAAAAAUUCAUCCUAAUCUUCAUAUUGUGUAUGAUUCUCUAAGACAUUUAGAUAACACACAUAAAAUUGCAUAUACUGAUGGAGGUAUAGAAAUAACUUUUGAAGUCAUAUGCAUAUGUACUGGCGGUGUUCCUAAACUAAUAUCAGAUUCUAAAAAGUUCAGUAGAAUAUUUGGCAUAAGAGAUACUGAAUCCGUUGAAAAUUUUCAGGAAAAGUUAAGAAAUGGACGUAGGAUGGUAGUAGUUGGAAAUGGUGGAAUUGCAUCUGAAAUCAUUCAUGCUACUAGAGGAAUAGAAAAAAUUUGGGUUGUAAGAGAUGAUUAUAUUUCAGCAACAUUUGUAGAUCCAGGUGCAGCUGAAUUCUUACAAGAUUCUGUGAAGAACUGUAAAGAAAAACAGGAAAAUACUGUCUUAAGAAGACAUAUUUUCAGUGAAGAGGAUACAUUGGUAUCAGUAAAUAAAAAUCUUAAAUCUGCUGCUUUGGGACCUGAUUGGUAUAGAAAGUUGGAAAAUGUUAUAAGUAGUGAGGGGAAACAGGAAUUGGAAAUAAUUUACAAAACAGAAGUUGAAUCAGUUAUAGAAAAAGAGAACACAUCAUACCCUCUUUAUGUCAAACUUUCAAAUGGGAAAGCAAUAGAAUGUGAUUUUGUUAUUUCAGCAACUGGGGUUGAGCCAGCUGUCAACUUUACUUGGGACAAGGAGCCAGUUUUUGGUAAAGAUGGAGGCAUAGCAGUUAAUGAACUACAACAGACAUCAAUUCCCCAUGUGUUUGCAGCUGGAGAUGUGGCAAGUGCAUCAUGGGAACAUUCUGCUCAUUGGUUUCAACUCCGACUGUGGACACAAGCUAGGCAAAUGGGGGCAAUGGCCGCAAAAGCAAUGCAUGCCAAAAUUAAUAAAGAAGAUGUUUUGCAAGAUUUUUGUUUUGAGUUAUUUACACAUUGCACUACUCUUUUUGGACAUAGAGUAGUGUUACUUGGUAAAUAUAAUGGACAGGGACUUGAUAAAAAAUAUGAGAUCCUUCUCCGAGUAACUCGUGGUCACGAGUAUAUAAAAUUUGUUUUACAGAAUGGUAAACUCCAAGGUGCUAUUUUAAUUGGUGAAACAGACCUUGAAGAAAUGUGUGAAAAUUUAAUACUAGAUCAAAUUGAUUUAACCCCGUAUGGUGAUGAUAUUCUUAAUCCUGAUAUAGACAUUGAUGAUUAUUUUGAUUAA